AUGACGGCUGUCGCUCCAUCAGAUAAAUUGCAGGCGCCCAGUGUGCAUUCAGAUGAUAACGAGUUGGACGAGGAUGCGAUCAUAGCUUCACUCGCAGUACUACAGGAACUACACAUUGCCCUUCGCAACCUUCGCCAAUCCCUUCCCUCACUCGUCAAUUCAGUCCUCCCUCUUUCAACGCCAGAACAACUUUACAUUAAUUUCCAAGGAGAAGCAAAAGGUGUAGGAAAACAAAUUCGGACUCUCUCACAACUAGUCCGCGAAGAAGGAUACAAAGCAGCUCUAGAUAGAGCAAAUAAAAGCAGGCAAGCUGAUCCGGAGGAUAUCGGUUGCUGGAGGGUUGACGCACAUUCCGACUGGCUUGAUUUGACCCAGGAUGGUCAAGAUGGAAGAAAAGGAACAAGGUCCUUGGAGUUGCGAGGGAAAAGCUCCGGUGCAGAGAAGAAUGAGGAUCUAAAGCAGGUAGUUGAUGCUUUCAAGAGCCGGCACGAGGGAUUUGACAUCCAUGCGGAUGGAGAGGAUGGCCCCGUGCAGAUGACACUACCUCGGCCGUCAGGUAUGCGGUUUUUAAUCCAGCAGACGGUAGGGAGGGACGGGAGAAUCAAAUACGCCAUCGAGACGGAGAUGAGGACGGGAAUGGAGCGAGACACAGGCGAGGCAGUUGGGAAAUGGUCUGAAGGGGAAGAUUUGAGCUAUAUUCUGGAAAUGAUUGCUUCGUACCAAGAUGUCACAAAGCGGCAGUGUGACAAGUGCUCACGAUUGAUCGAUCGCAACGGUAACCUCCCAUUCGUCAGGACUAAAAAGCAGAAGAAGAAGCCUGCUGAAGAGGGCGGUGAUCAGUGGCAAGCUCUACAUGUAUCAUGUACCUAA